AUGACCGUGGUAAUUCCGGACGUUACUGUGGGAGUGUUGGCGCUGCAGGGCGCCUUCAGCGAGCAUGUGCAGCUGUUGCGUUCUGCAUCGGAGUCGCUUGCGCUCAAGGGUGCACCUGCGCAAUCCCAGGUUAAGUGGAGCUUCAUCGAGGUCAGGACGCCGGAAGAGCUGGCUCGCUGCGACGGGCUCAUCAUACCCGGCGGCGAGAGCACCGCAAUGUCGCUCGUGGCUGCGCGCUCUGGCUUGCUAGAGCCGUUGAGGGAUUUCGUCAAAGUGCUCCGGAAGCCCACGUGGGGGACAUGCGCCGGACUGAUAUUGCUGGCGGAGUCUGCAAACAGGACCAAGAAGGGCGGGCAGGACCUCAUUGGAGGGCUCGACGUAAGAGUCAACCGGAACCAUUUUGGACGUCAAGUCGAGAGUUUCCAGGCAAAUCUCCAGCUUUCUUUCCUUGGCGAUACGGUCGAUAAGUCCGCCAACGAGCUGUACAGAUGCGUUUUCAUCCGGGCACCCGUUGUUGAGAAAAUACUCCCGCAUAAGGACGGUGUUCAGACUGAGGAAGAGUCGCGUGAAGCCACUAUUGUUGCACCGUCCAAGGCUCCUGGGGACAAACUUGCUGAGAAGGAAACCACAGCGGCGGUGGAGAUAAUGGCUACAUUGCCGACACAGACGCCUGCGUUGCAAGCCAACCAGGAGCACGAACAUGCUGGAACAGAGGACAUCAUCGCCGUGCGACAAGGAAACGUAUUUGGCCUGAGCUUCCAUCCAGAACUAACUGCCGAUCCGCGCAUACACGUGUGGUGGCUAGGAGAGGUGUCGAAGGCGGUCGAGCGCAGGCAUCAGUUCGAGGUCGUCGAUCGGUCGGCUCCCUAG